UCGCAGCGGCUCGGCGGCAGGCGCGGCCCCAGCACCGGCAGGAGCGGCUGCCGGGCGCCAUGGGGUGUUAGCGCAGCUGGUGCCCUCGCUCUGCCGCCGGAAGGAGCCGCCGCCGCCGCCCUGUACCUCCCGCUCCACUCCGCUCCGUUCCUCAGCCCGCCGCCCAUGAGCCUGAACGAGCACUCGAUGCAGGCGCUGUCCUGGCGGAAGCUCUACCUGAGCCGAGCAAAGCUGAAAGCCUCCAGCCGCACCUCCGCGCUGCUCUCCGGCUUCGCCAUGGUGGCUAUGGUAGAAGUUCAGCUAGAUGCAGAGCAUGACUACCCUCAAGGUCUCUUGAUAGCCUUCAGUGCCUGCACAACUGUCCUUGUUGCAGUUCACCUGUUUGCACUCAUGAUAAGUACCUGCAUUCUUCCCAACAUAGAGGCUGUGAGCAACGUGCAUAAUCUCAACUCUGUCAAGGAGUCGCCUCACGAGCGGAUGCAUCGGCACAUCGAGCUGGCCUGGGCGUUUUCUACUGUCAUUGGGACUUUGCUCUUUCUUGCAGAGGUGGUGCUACUGUGUUGGGUGAAGUUUCUUCCUUUGAAGAAGAAAGCUGAUAAUCCGCUCCAGAGCAACAAUUCCACCAUCACAUCAGGACAGGCAGCAGCCAUUGCAUCAACCUCUAUUAUGGUUCCCUUUGGACUGAUUUUCAUUGUGUUUGCAGUUCACUUCUACAGGUCACUGGUGAGCCAUAAAACAGACAGGCAGUUUCAAGAACUGAAUGAACUUGCUGAAUUUGCACGGCUCCAGGAUCAGCUGGACCACAGAGGUGAUACUAUCUCCUCUCCUGUUACCCAUUUUGCCUAAAUCCGUGCUUAAAGAAAAUAACCCCACUAUUCUGCUCUGCCUUAUGUUGACUGCCCUGUGGAUGAACUGGUCGAACUGUUGAUUACUGUGUAAAGAGAGAUUAUAAAUGUUCUAACCCUUUAGAGAGAAAAACAAUACAUUGUUCCUUUCAUAAAAUGUUGGCUAUCUGACAUGUGAAGGAAUGGGUGCACAUGCAUCCCUCCUCUUGUGAGCACUGUCUAGAUAGCUUCUUUUUGAUGCUGAAUGGUGGCUGUAUAAAUACAUGGAAAAAAACAUUGUAAAUUUGAGUAUUUGUUAGGGAUAGAUAGAGAAGCUUUUUUUUUUUUUUCUUCUCUUUAUUUGAUGUUGGCAUUUACUAGAAAAUACUGCUUGUCCAAUCCAUAUUGCAUGGCAUGAUACAAAUUACUUGGGAUAUGCAGCAAUUAGCACUUGGUUUUAGUGCUAGUGCUGUUCUCUCUAGAAAGCCUGACAGAUGGUAGAAGUGAAAGCUUUCCCACCACUUUCCCCAGUAUGUUUUGCUGCCAAGUAAUAAUUACUUUACUGAUUUCUCCAGCACCUUUUUCCUGUAGCAGUUACACAUUUUAUAACUCACUAAACACCCAGGACUGGUCUUACUGCGAUGUGGCAUAGCCACAUGAGUAGGAAUGAAACUCUACUCUGUUCUUCUUUGGAAGAAAAUAAAAGCAAUAACUUGUAAAGUUCUCACAAGCUGGCACAUAUUAUCUGGAGAGAUAAGAUUUGCCUCCUUCCCAUUUAGGGAUCUUUUUUUUUUAAAAAAAGAAGGAACUAGAUGGAAAUUACCACUGGAUAAUUUUUUAGCUUGAAAAUCAGAAUCACUGCUGUGUUUUUUUCCAGCCAAAGUAGUAAUUAUUUUGUACUUUUAUAUAUAAAAAUAUAUAUAUAUAUAGUUUUUAAUAAAUCCUCAGAUACAAGCAGCAAAAGGUGCUUUCUCUGCGUUGGAUUCCCAAGUAAUUAGCUAUGCCUUGGCCUUCCUUGUUUAGAAAAAGUCUUUUCCUUGCUGAAGUGUUAUAUUUAGUAACUUGUUACACGUUUUUUUGCUUCAAAGUAUCUGGAGGACUACUUUUCUCAAAUUUAUUUAUGAAAGUAGGCUAUUUGUAAUUAAUAUUGCUGCUUACUUUCAGACACACAUUUGUGACAGUGAGGCUACUGUGUUGUGUUUUUUGGUUUUUUUUUUUAUUUCCUCUUUAAGGAGAGACUUCCAUUUGGUUUCUUCAAUAAGAGAUUUGUCCAGGAAAUAUUGCAGCAGUUGUCCUGGGUUGCUUCCAGUAAUUCUAUCUGUGUCUAGAAGUGGAAUGCUGUUCUUCUUCAGAGCAGCUUUGGGCUUUAAUGGGUAAAAGCUGCGUUUUUAACAGAAGCUGAUACAAGUUUCAAGUGUAAUAGAAAGAAAGUUGACUUCUGUGUUGUAGCUAAUGGCGUGGAAACCUGGGGGUUUGCAAUGAGACAGGAGUGAAUACACUGGAGCUCUAACUGACUGAACCUGGGCUGAACAGGGUCUGUGCCACCCAGCCUCUGUCUCCAGUUAUCCUAACAUAUUUAUGACCUGUGGGAAGUGUGUACAGAGUUGGGGUGGCAGAGUGGUGGCUGCUGCAGCAGCCUCCUGAAGCCAACAGGACUGAUUUCUCCUGUCAGCACCACCUCAGUGGAAAGUGCUGGUAAGGACACCCGUGGUGUGUUUCUAUUCUGAAAAAUAACCAUUAAAAAACCUGCUGGGCUGUUUUGUUUUUUGUGAUUUUUUUUUUUUUUUUUUCCCCAGCAGCAUUCUUGGUUCACAAGCAGAAAACAACUUUCCACUUGCUGUUUCCACAAGUCCUGCUGGCAAACAGAGGCCAAACUGGAUUUUCUCUGGCUCUCCCAUUAUAUAAUGCCUCAGUUAUAGUCUAUUACUAACCUAAAUCUGCUGAUGGUGAGAGUUGUGGCUGCAUUCCCACAGGUGUUCAUUGAUGGUGCACUUAGUAAAGACAUUAAUGAAGCAGCAUUCCAAAAAACAUAGUAGUAGGUGCAACAUUUUCCCAUCCUUUACUGGAAUAUCAGUCCUGUCUUGGGGGAAAAAAAAAGACACUUAAAAAGCCUCAGCAAAGGAAGAAAACCCAACUCAAUAUUCA